AUGGAUGAUGAUGAAGGCAGAGGGCAAAGAAUUGUUUACGAUGGUAAGCGUAUGAGAAAAGCCAUAGCCAGAAGAAAUGUAGACUAUAAUGGACCUCUUCUAAAAUACAAACUAGAAGGUAAGUUUGGAUAUGUGCAGAAGCACCCGCUGUACUCUAUUUACGUACCGCCUGUUACAGGUGCCUGCUCACUAUCAAAUAGUCUUACUGUUAACCUAGCGCACACAAGCAUAAAUAAAAUACGCACGCCAAUUAACACGAUACGGUAUGCGCCAAAUGGCAGAAGACUUAUUUCUGGCGCUGCAACAGGGGAGUUCACGCUGUGGAAUGGAUUUAGCUUUAAUUUUGAGACAAUUCUGCAGGCGCACGACAGCGCGCUCCGGUCUCUGUGCUGGACCCCGUAUGGAGAUUAUCUGCUGUCUGGCGACCAGAUUGGGGUUGUUAAGUACUGGCAGCCUUCGAUGAAUAAUCUGCAAUUAAUUGAAGCGCAUAAAGAAGCCAUUAGAGACAUCAGCUUUUCUCCUCGAGGAAGCAAGUUUUGCACAGCCUCAGACGAUGGAACCAUCAAAGUAUUUGACUUCCAAACAGCAAAAGAGGAGAGAAGUCUUUCUGGCCACGGGUGGGACGUAAGAGUGGCGCAGUGGCACAAAAGGCAUGCGCUAAUUGCAAGUGGAGGAAAGGACAACCUAGUUAAGCUAUGGGAUCCAAGGGGAAAGGAGCUUACUACUCUGCAUAUUCAUAAAAAUACUGUUCUGUGUCUUAAAUGGACAAAUGAUGGAGAGUGCAUCCUUACAGGCGGAAAGGAUCAAGUAAUAAAGAUGUUUAAUCUGCGCGCAAUGAAGGAAGAGUUUACACAUAAGGGGCACCAAAAGGAGGCUACGGCUCUGUGCGUCCAUCCAUGCUUGGACAGCUUAUUUGUGUCUGGCGGAGGAGAAGGAGCUGUUUAUAUUUGGCAGAAACACAAUGAGUACCCUGUUCGGGUUAUACCCGACGCCCAUCAGAAAACUAUCUGGUCAAUGGACUUUCACCCGAUUGGGCAUACGCUAGCCACCAGCUCGGUUGAUAAUACGGUUAAGUUUUGGAUUAGAUCAAGGCCCUCUGCAGAGGGCUCCUCCGAGAAUGUGGAAAGCGUGGAUGUGGAGCAGGAAAGAAUUCCCGGUGUAGGAAGCAAUCUCCAGGAGUGA